UCUCUGAACUAACCUGCUAAAACAGACUCAGACAUGUUUCAGGUCAAAUCCUGCGCUUUCUGAGAAAUGCGCUUUUAACCCGCUCCAGUUUCACAGAGCCGUGCGGUGAACCGGAAGGAUCUGAUUCUUCAUGCAAAUGAGCCACAAUUUAACAUAUUAUAGCUGAACAAGGAGGAGGCAAUUCCCACAAACACACACACACACACACACUCACACACACUCAUGCACAUGGCAUCAUCCACCCACCCACACACACACUCUCACUGAGAGAACAAUCAGUGUUCAGAGAUAAAUGCCAGAUUAUCUUCCUCCAAGCUUCACUCUGACUCUGGUGGAGGAAAAGGAGCUCUUCGGAUUUAUCAAGAACUAACAAUGAGGCAGCAGGAGUCGUGUGUGAGCUCGUAGCGUGAUCGACACGGAGCAGGAGAUGAGGACUGUUCUUCCUCUGUGUGGAGGCAGUGGUGAUGAUGAAGAGGAGGAACCCCGUAGCCGCCAUCGCAGCAGGGUGGGCUGGAUGAAGAGGCUCCUCUGGAUCAGGUCCAGUCAAUGCGGGAGCGUCCACACCGACACGGAGCCUGGCGUGUGGCUCAGAAGCUUCCAGUCUUUGGACACUGAUGGACGAAAAGAGGAUCCUGUGCAAGAGUGGGGCGAGGAGGAGGAGGACAGCGCCGUGUUCGGCAUCACCCUGCACCGGGAACCCGUCCUGCAGAAUCCAGACUCAGCCGACCCCUCGCCGGCCUACAGCUGCGUCCAGUACCACACCGUGAAGGUGCGCAGGCUGAAAGCCGGUACCCUGGAACGCCUGGUUGUCCACCUGCUGGACCCGGAGCGCCGGGAGUCCGACUUCAUCCACGUGUUCCUCUCCACCUACAAGGCCUUCACCGCCAGCAGCACCCUCAUCGAGCUGCUGUUCAAGAGAGACGACUCCCUCACCGACCCGGACAACUCCGUCAGCCUUCACAGUCCCUUAGUCUCGCUGGUGCAGCUGUGGCUGGAGGAGUACAGCGAGGACUUCCGAGAGCCCCCUCAGUACCCCACCCUUGGGCUCUUGUGCGCCUACAUGCGUCGUCGCAUCCGUUUCAGAAGAGUGCUUCAUAUUGCUGAAACGUUGCUCAAAAGACUUCAGGAACAAGGUUCCCGCCUGUCUGCAUCAGAACAUCACAGCGAAUCGUUGGCGAACAGCGAUCCGGUGGACGGAGGAGGAAUCUGCACGAAGCCGGACAAAUCCAACUUCGUGGACUUCUCUGCUAAGGAAGUGGCCGAGCAGCUGACCCGACUGGACGCUGAGCUGUUUGUCAAAGUGGUGCCCUUCGACUGCCUGGGCUGCAUCUGGUCCCAGCGGGACAAGAAGGAAAACCGGAAUCUGGCACCGACCGUCCGAGCCACCAUCUCCCAGUUUAACGCCGUCACCAACCGUGUCAUCACCUCUCUCCUCUGCCCACUGUCACCCAGCCCCUCCACUUCCUCUCCCAUCUCGUCACCCUGCUCCGCUCCCACCUUCCUGUACCCCUCGUCGGCCCCGAGCUCGCCCCGCUGCUCGCACGCCAGCCCUGUCCACCGAGCACGCAUCAUCGAGAGGUGGAUCGCCAUCGCACAGGAGUGCAGGCAGCUGAAGAACUUCUCCUCCUUAAGAGCCAUCCUUUCAGCCCUGCAGUCCAACGCCGUGUACCGCCUUAAGAAGACCUGGGCGGCUGUGAGCAGAGAGAGCACCAACACCUUUGACCAGCUGUGUGAGACUUUUCCUGACGAGAACUGUGUGCUGACCAGCAGAGGGGUCCUAGUGGAGGAUGGGAGUCACCCCGAGGGCAGCGCCGCACAGAGUUAUAAAUCAGCCAGAGUCUGCUCAGAGUCCAGACACAUGAGCUUCAGCAGCGGCAUCGUGCCGUACCUGGGCACUUACUUGACCGUCCUCACCAUGCUGGACACUGCGCUGACCGACUCUGUGGAGGGCGGUCUGAUCAACUUUGAGAAGCGCAGACGGGAGUGUGAGAUUCUCUCCCAGAUACAACAGCUUCAGACGUUUUGUUCCCGUUACGACCUUCCGGUUAACGCUUCCAUCACUGCCUGGCUGCAGGCCCACACCCAGCUCACCGACCAGGAGAGCUAUGAGCUUUCUCGUGACCUGGAGCCUCCAGUUGAUCCGUGUCCCAACUCUCCCAACUUAUGGAGCAGCGGACUCCUCACCAAGAAGCUCGCCACGUUACAGGCGUCCCACAGUGAUCAGAUCAGUGUGUCUUCUUCUGGCUCCAGCAGCUCCGACUUUGAGGAGAUCCCUGCUCCUCAGGCAUUCCCUCUCAGACUCAAGCUGAAGUCUCUCACCGGCUCUCUUCACAAUGUCGCAGAGGACCUCUCCACGUCCCCGUCCUCGUCUCCGAGCCUCUCGAGGUCAUCUUGCAGCUCCUCGCAUCCCGAUCUCAGCUCUUCGUCCCUGGGGCUGAGCCCAGAGUGUUCGUCAUCGUCAUCGUCAUCCCAGUCCUGCUGCUCUCCUCAGGCUGUGCUGCCCGUCUACAACAAACAGGUGGCAGACUCGUGCAUCAUCAGGGUCAGCGUGGAGUGCGUCAAUAACGGAAACGUCUACAAGAGCAUACUGCUGACCAGCCAGGACCACACACCUCAUGUCAUUCAGAGAGCUCUGGAAAAACACAACAUGGAGGAUUUCCGGUGCAGCGACUUCAGCAUCUACCAGAUGCUCAACCAUGGAAAAGAGCUUCAGAUUCCAGACAAAGCCAACGUGUUCUACGCCAUGUGCACGUCUGCCAACUACGACUUUGUGCUACGUCAGCGCUGGAAGAGGCACGGGAAACAUUCUGGCUUCCUGUCCAGUCCCGGAGCUCAACACAAGCGCAGACACAACAAAUGACCCUAAAAUCAACAACAACAAAUCUGCUGCUGUGGUCCAAACCAAGCUCAGGCAUCGCCUCGCCUGCUGCUGGCUUUCUACUCAUCAUCAUGAGACUGUCAGCGUGCAGCGGAGAAAAGCAGAUCUGUCACAGAUCCUGUUGAAAACAUCCGUGGAGGAGUUCUCAUCGGUCACUGAAACGCAUCGAAACAGGAACUGCUCUGAGCCGUCUGAAUGAGAUGUCAGGAUCCAAGGAAGAUCCGGAAUCAGAAGGAGUUUCCUUCAUCAUGAGGAUCCAUAAUCUGGUGUUUGUGCUCCUUUUUGAGACUCGUCAUUGAAAACUGAUGAAUGUUUUCUCCUCUGUGACGACACACUCUUCUAUUGACUUCUUCUCAAGAACGAGUUUAAAACGCCGUUGGGACCACUUCACAGGAACGUCUAUAAAUUUAUCAUUUUAGUUAAAGAUUUCUAUAUUUAAAUAAAUCUAUAUAGUUUUAUACAUUUAAAUUAUUUAAUGCACUUCAGUAUUCAGGUGUUUGUUUUUGUGUUUUAGUAAUUGUUAAUCCUGAGUGAACAUGGGGUGGAAAAGCCUUGGCCGUACUAAAACACUGCAGCAGCUUUUUCAUUUGUGAAAUUAGCUUUUGCAAUGAAGGAAAUACUCUAGAAGUACAAGUGGUCUGAUUAAAACUGCCACAUCUUCCCAGCACAGACCCAAAUAUAUUUGGUUCUUCUGAGCUUAACCCAAGUUUGCAUCCAUUUGAAUAAAAGAAAGGAGUUUUUUUUCUGCUGCUGUGGCUUAAAUGAAGGAAAAUUGCCUAAAUUUUCAUUGAAGUGGAAAGUUUACAGUCGGAGAAUCGUCCAGCUGAGGCUUCUGCUCACUAAUCCAGGAACUAUAACAUCAUAUUUCCAUUAUCGAGUGGAUUAUGUCCAGAGAAUUCUCUGUGAAGGAGAUUAAUCUGAAGGAUGUCCCAGCAUCAGAGCUUUUUUAGGAUUUAAACUCCUCUCUAAAACUGUCUGGUGGCUUUUUACACAUCUAGACUCUUGUUUGCAAAUACGUAGGUAAAACCUUUGCACUCUGACGUCUGAUCUUGUGUGUUUUUGAAGGAUUUUGCAUCGUUUGUCCAGUUUUAAAGCUGCUGUCGUUUUCCAGAUGAAGGAUGGUAUUUAAAGGGCUGAUGGGUCUGUGGUGUCCUGAUAUCACACAGUAUUAUUAGGUUUGAAGUACUAAAAAUGUCAGCGUUACUCUACUUUUAUUUUGUGUGUGUAAUCUAAGCACUUAUUGAUUGUAUAUAAGUAGUAUUAAAUAUUCACUAAUAAAGCAAAUCUAUCCUUUUA